AUGGUAGAAUAUGCUGCUUUUGAUGAAAGGCAUAUACACCAAUUUCCAGAGAUUGCCAAUGACACAGAGUAUAUAACAAAACGCAAGCUCGAAUGUAAAGAACUUACUUACGACUUGAUAGCGGAAAAAUAUUCGAGACAUUUGAUAGGUUUGCCGUUGGACGACGAGCUAAGUUAUGCAGACCUUACCAGAAUUCCUACUGGGUUUGAAGUUACAAAGGAAGAACAUGAAGAUAGAAUUAAAAAAAUUAAAAACAAUAUUCAAGGAGUCGUGGAUGAAAUGAAACGUGAGAAAAUAGCUCAACAACCAAUCACCUUCAGCGAGUACAAAACAUCGUGCAAGGAAAUACGAAAUGGACAAAGGGGAGUCAACACAAGACUUGCAUUUGAAAGUUUCGGCAUAAUAUCAAUCCUACACAUUGCAUUAUACUUCGAAGAUUAUUUAUUUGUGGAGUAUCUUCUCGAUCAUCAAGUUGAUGUCAACGUCAAUGAAGAAAGCUGUGGAACACCAUUACACUUUGCCAUUAUCCAGAAAGUAAAUUACAGAACAAUUCAAAAACUGUUAGAAGUUGGUGCAAAUGUAAAUGCUGAAGAUAAUGAAAAAUUUACUCCAUUGCAUAGAGCCGUCCACCUCAAUCGAUACAAAAUUGCUGAAUUACUUCUAGAGUUUGGUGCAAAUAUCAAUGCAACUUGUGAUGCAAAAAAUGGUUUCGAUUUCUGGACACCGUUAGAUCUUGCUAUCAUUGGUGACAAAUUGGAGAUGGUGAUGUUGUUACUCAGUUGUGAGACUGAUAUUAAUUUAAAAUUACAAAAUGGAAGAUAUCCUCCAUUAGUAAUAGCUUGUCUCUAUGGAUCCGUCAGAGCGAUCGAAAUUAUUUUGGAAAAAGGUGCUGACAUUAAUUACUCGAGUGACAGUGGUUUUAUAACUGAAUUGCCGUUACAAGCCGCUGUGGUAUCAGGAGAUCACUAUAAAGUCAGAUUGUUGUUAAGCAAUAGUGACAUCAAGAUCAAUCAAGUGAAUAUUGAAUGCAAAACUGCACUCCAUUACGCUGUCAGUUCGCCAUCAGAAAUUAUUCUUAAAAAUCUUUUGGAUGCUGGUAUUGAUGUGAAUGUGGUUGAUAGAGGUGGUCGAUUGGCUGUGGAAUCGAAUAAUCGAGACAGUGGUAAAAAAAAAAUUAUCAUAUUGAAAAAACACAUUGUUAAGCUAAGUGUUGCUGGUUAUUGUUUAGCUGAAGGUAAUUUGAAAGCUAUCAGUGGAGAAAAAUAUCACAAUUUGCGAAAGAAAUGUAGUGAAGAAAUCGAAGUAUUAAAAUUAUCUAGAAUUGAUUCAAUUAAUCUCAGUUUUUAUAGUGUACUUUGCAAAAAUGAACAUGUCUUGGCACGAAGAUUGAAACGUGUGGACGAAGAAAACAAGCAUUUUUGGAGUAUUUACCGGACACUUUUACCAGAAAAAUAA